CGCGAGCUGCACCUUGCGUUCGCCAGAGCCAAGGUCAUCCGUGGAUAGAGAACUGCCAUCGGGGCACAUCUGCUUGACGACGCCAUUUCAGCGACUCAUCAACCGAGGAUCCAAGUCUUCUCAAUAUCCUAAUCAAAUCCAUCCAUCGACCGGACUACAUUCAUAACAUCAUCAUGUCGAACCCGGCCGUCGGAAACGUCUACCAAGCCAUCAUUGACGAGGUUGUCAAUAGUUCGCGAGUUGAUUUCGAGGAGAGCGGCGUUGAAGAAUCAGUGCUAGAGGAGCUGCGACAGGGAUGGCAGCAAAAGCUCACUCAGCUUCACGUCGCCCAGUUCCCUUGGGACCCCAAGCCCGACCCCCCCGCACAAGCACCACCGUCUGCUGUUCCACCAGCUCAGACUCAUGCUCAGGCUCAAUUCUCGCCUCAGCUAAGCAACCCAACUGGUCUUUCUUUACCGGGAAUGGCCCAACCCCAGGUGCAGAAUGGUAUCAAGCCCGAAGGCAACAAUAUCAAGACCGAGCCUCACGUACCUAUCAAGCAAGAACCCGGCUUACAGGGUAACCCGAUGGCCUACCAACAGUACAAUAACAACACCAACAUCAACAUGAAUGACAACAAUGUAGCUGCCAAUCGUGCUGCUCAGCAAUUGCAGGCUCAGUAUGGACAGCGAGCGGCCAGCUCUAUCAACGCCCUUCACCAGCAACAAGGCCACUCUCAGCAGAGCCAGCAACAACAACCAGCUCUACCGCAGCCACAUCAGCAGCAGCAGCCCGGCCUAACCCAGCAACAACAUCAGCAGCAGAUAUAUCGUCAGCAAAUGGCCGCCGCAACUGCCCAACAGCAACAGCAGCACCCGGCCAACGGUCAGCCCCACAUUCAAAACGGCCAGACUGAUGGCGCUGGCGAUCUGGAAGAGUUCGAGGGUGUACUCAUGCAACGAGCUGCUGAUGGCAAUUUGCAUGAACUCGGGCGAGUUGAGAUCGACCGUAUGCUGCAUGAACAAAUCCUUGCCAAGGCCAAGAGCAUGGAGGGCGGCGGUCUGAUGCUUCCUUUAAAAGAGGCAACUCGAACUUCGUCGGUCCCGACAUCACGCGUGGCCAAGGGCAAACAACCUGCCGCAUACGAUGGAGGUGAUGACGACGACGAAGAUGAUGACGACGCCAUCAACUCUGACCUCGAUGACCCAGAAGAGGACCGAGACGACGAUGAUGUUGAUGAUGAGGGGCUUGGCAAUAUCAUGCUGUGCAUGUACGACAAGGUUCAGCGGGUCAAGAACAAGUGGAAGUGCACUCUUAAGGAUGGAGUCUUGACAGUCAACGGCAAGGAGUAUGUCUUUCACAAGGCUACUGGUGAAUAUGAGUGGUGAACUCAGACCGACUCGCUUGGAAAGCGACGUGGUUUGGACCUUGCGACCAGAUCGGCGGCGUGGUGUCGGGAAACAACAUCAAAACAAAGUCAAAGAGGGACAAAGCCAUUGGGUUGAUUGGAACAGCAAGGGUAUAUGAAG